UCAAGCGCCCAGAACUUUCUAACAUUGGUAUAAAGAGCCUCCCACCAGCACCAGCAGCACUGACUGAGUAGCAACAAAUCACUCCUCUUCCUGCAACCAUGAGCUCCAAAGGUACCCCGGCGGUGGGCAUCGACCUGGGCACUACCUAUUCCUGCGUUGGAGUCUUCCAGCAUGGCAAGGUGGAAAUCAUCGCCAAUGACCAGGGGAACCGCACCACCCCUAGUUAUGUGGCCUUCACCGACACGGAGAGACUGAUCGGGGACGCAGCCAAGAACCAAGUGGCCAUGAACCCCCAGAACACCAUAUUCGAUGCCAAGAGACUGAUCGGCAGAAGAUACGACGACGCUACAGUGCAGAACGACCUCAAACAUUGGCCUUUUAAAGUGAUCAAUGACUCCUCCAGACCCAAAGUUGAGGUCCAGCACAAGGGUGAAACCAAGACCUUCUACGCGGAAGAGAUCUCCUCCAUGGUGUUAGCCAAGAUGAGAGAGGUCGCAGAGGCUUAUCUAGGAAAGAGCAUCUCGAGCGCAGUCAUCACCGUCCCCGCUUAUUUCAACGAUUCCCAACGCCAGGCGACCAAAGACGCAGGGACUAUCGCCGGGCUCAAUGUCCUGAGGAUUAUCAAUGAGCCCACUGCUGCCGCCAUCGCCUAUGGCUUGGACAAGAGGGUAGGAAUGGAGUGCAAUGUCCUCAUCUUUGAUUUGGGUGGUGGAACUUUUGAUGUGUCUAUUCUUACAAUCGAGGAUGGUGUCUUUGAGGUCAAAUCCACAGCUGGAGACACACACCUUGGUGGAGAGGAUUUUGAUAACCGUAUGGUUAACCACUUCAUUGAAGAGUUCAAGCGCAAAUACAAGAAGGACAUCAGUGGAAAUAAGCGAGCUGUGCGUCGCCUCCAUACUGCCUGUGAACGGGCAAAACGAACUCUAUCCUCCAGCUCCCAGGCCAGCCUGGAGAUCGACUCCCUGUUUGAGGGUAUAGACUUCUACACCUCCAUUACUCGGGCACGGUUUGAGGAGCUGAAUUCUGAUCUCUUCCGAGGGACCCUGGAGCCUGUGGAGAAAGCUCUAAGAGAUGCCAAAAUGGACAAGAGCCGGAUACAUGAGAUUGUGCUUGUGGGGGGAUCUACUAGAAUUCCAAAGAUACAGAAACUUUUGCAGGACCUAUUUAGUGGAAAGGAGCUGAACAAAAGCAUCAAUCCUGAUGAGGCAGUAGCUUAUGGGGCCGCUGUACAAGCAGCCAUUCUGUGUGGAGAUGUCUCAGAAACAGUGCAGGACUUGCUCCUUCUGGAUGUGACUCCCCUGUCACUGGGCAUCGAAACAGCUGGGGGAGUGAUGGCAACUCUAAUCAAGAGAAACACAACUAUUCCCACAAAGCAGACCCAAAUUUUCACUACAUAUUCGGACAACCAACCUGGUGUUCUGGUCCAGGUGUUUGAGGGUGAGCGGGCCAUGACCAAAGAUAAUAAUCUGCUGGGCAGAUUUGAGUUGAUAGGAAUCCCGGCAGCACCUCGAGGGGUCCCUCAGAUAGAGGUCACUUUUGAUAUUGAUGCCAAUGGAAUAUUGAAUGUCUCUGCUGUGGACAAAAGUACUGGUAAAGAGAAUAAAAUCACUAUCACAAAUGAUAAGGGGCGUCUGAGCAAGGAGGAUAUUGAUCGCAUGGUGAAUGAGGCAGAGCAUUACAAAGCAGAUGAUGAAGCACACCGACUGCGGAUAACUGCUAAGAACACCCUUGAAUCUUAUGCAUACAGCGUGAAAUCCACAGUGGAAGAUGAUAACAUAAAGGGUAAACUGAGUGAGGAUGACAAACAGAAAGUUUUGAGCAAGGUAAAGGAGACCCUUGAUUGGCUGGAUCGAAACCAAAUGGCUGAAAAAGAUGAGUUUGAGUUUCAUCAGAAGGAAUUGGAGAAGGUGUGUAAUCCUGUUAUCACUCAGCUGUACCAGAGCGGUGCAGCCCCUGGUCCAGGGGGAUUUCCUCCAGGAGCAGCAAGCAGCCCAGGAUCUGCUGGACCAACUAUUGAGGAAGUGGACUAAAGAUUGCAGAAAAAUUAAUGAAACAACAAUUAUUCUCCACAGAGUUGAUGUACUAAAAUAACAUUUGUUUUCUUCAAACACAUGUAUAUUCUCUUGACUUUAAGUUUAUUCUUUUACUAUUAAAUUACCCAUGAAGUAAACAGAGUACAGCAUGUGAUCUCAAACCAGAUCAUCAUAGCUUACAGAGAUAAUGGGAACUGCAGAUGCUGGAGAAUUUCAAGAUAAUAAAAUG